ACUAGGAAGCGUCGUGAGGAGCUCCCUCAGUAAAUGCGGGUUUACAGUGGUUGCGUCUGUGAGCAAGUAGAUUAGUUUGAAUGGAUCGAGGUGUGAGGUGGUCGUAGAUGCAAUCAAAUUGCCGAUCAUUCUUAAAUUUUCCGUGAAAUUUCCCCUAAUCCUCCAAUGAUUCUUUUUCGUGUCUUGCCCGUUAUUUGGGCUGUUACUGCGAAGGCAGAUUUUUUCCAGUUCGAUAGUAUUUCAAACGUAUCAACAUAUUAUUUCAAUUAUAUUUAUUGUAAUAUCUGGGAGGGUGAGUGUCAACCGAACCAGGAUGAUGCGACCCAACAAGUACCUUCAGGGGAUUUCUGGUCAGUGUUCCCGCAGGACUACAUGCGCACUUUAACAGAGUGGUAUUGCAGUCUGGGCCAGUGCUGUGACACAGGAGACUGUCGGAUUACAAAUAAUAUCACAGGACUGGCGAGGGAUCUGGAGUUAAAACUUCAUGGGCAGCACCUGGCUCAGUCAGUUGUCCUGAAAGCUGUACAGGGCUUCCUCAGCAACCCUGAGCCCAACAAGCCCCUGACCCUCUCCUUCCACGGCUGGUCCGGAACUGGCAAGAACUUUGUGGCCCGGCUUGUUGCGGACAACCUGUACCGCGACGGAGUGAAGAGCGAGUGUGUGCGCCUGUUCAUUGCCCCCUUUCACUUCCCGCACGCCAAGCUGGUGGACGUGUACAAGGGACAACUGAAGGAGGCGAUCCGGGACACGGUGCUGCGCUGCCAGCAGGCGCUCUUCAUCUUUGAUGAGGCGGAGAAGCUGCACCCCGGCCUUAUAGACGCAGUCAAGCCCUACAUGGACCACUACGAUAACGUGGACGGGGUCAGUUACAGGAGGGCCAUCUUCCUCUUCCUCAGUAAUAUUGGUGGGACGGCCAUCAACGAUGUGACAUUGGACUUCUGGCACUCGGGACAGAACCGAGAGGACAUCGGAAUGGAAGACUUGGAGCACAGGCUGCGUUCUGAAGCUGUUGAGUCACAAGGAGGCUUCGCUCAGAGUGAGUUGAUGUCGGGUCACCUGAUCGACUUCUUUGUACCCUUUUUGCCGCUUGAGUACCGGCACGUGAAGCUCUGCGCCCACGACGCCUACGCAGCCCGCGGUCUGCAUCCCAGUGAGGCGAUACUGGAUGAAGUGGCCAAGGCCAUGCUCUAUGUGCCCAAGGAGGAGAAGCUCUUCUCUGCCCAGGGCUGCAAAUCCAUUCCCCAGAGAGUCAACUUCUUCCUGCCCUAAGGGGCGGGGUGCAAACCAGCGUCACCAUAUGAACGCUCCCCCAGACAGAGAUGAAGGAACAUUAACAAAGUGAAGGAAGAGGUCGUGGUCAGCUGACUUCUCUUGUACACUACAUGCCCACAGGGCAUGGAUUUUUCCACCCCUCACCCCGUGCUGCUUAAGACUGGUUCAUGGGGAGACUGGUUUGUCUUUGAGGUGACAUUCACCAACAAACAAAUGGACAUUGCACUGUUACCACCAUUGGGGGAUAUGUGUGCGUUUUUAUAGUUUUUUUGAAGUUUAUUUCACCCUAUGUCCAUUCCAUUCACAAGUUUAGUAUCAAUGUGCAUUUUAGUGAUUUGAUGGUCCUGUUCAGGUAAAUUCCCAAUUUACAUGUAGGACUUUGAAUGGUGUCUGUGAUGGCUUUUUAUUAUUCCAGAAUAAUAUUCUUGUGUUAUCUUGAAUCUACUAUGAGUAACACUGCUGUUGUUAAUUGUUGUUUUUAACACAUUGUUUUCACCCUAAUUACAAAAUGUUCACAUAAAUACUGAUGUAUAUACAUAUACAUGUGUACACAUGUACACAUAUACAUACUGAUAUCACUAGCAGCUGACAGUGAAGUUGAGUUUAGGUCAUGAAUACUCUGAGUGUGUUACUGUGUGUAAGCAGUGUAUGGAAUGAACAUCACAUAGGUCAAUAAAGGGUGAAUGGAAACAUUUUUUAUCAAAUAUCCAGCUGUAAGUACUAAUCAUUUUCCCUAGACACAACACAGCUGUUUCCCUUUUCUAUCACUGCAUUCAAAGGCACUAUUCAAUAUCUGAACAAAGGAAAAAUCUGUCAUUUAUUUGUGCAGAAACCAUAUCACAGUAUAUGAUUUCUCCCUUUUCAGAACAUUCUUCAUGUGGGCAGCAAAUACAGUCCAAGAGCAAUAACCUCUGCACAUGUACAGUGUUUAUUUCCUAAUUUUCUAAUGUACAUAGUUAUGUUUUUAAAAAAGCUGGGGUCUGGGGAAAUUGUCAGUAGAUGUUUAUUUGAUUAAAAUUGUUACAUGCAUCCUCCUCAAAUGCAGUGAAUGGUAGAAGGCUAUUCAUUAAAGGAAUGGUUUAAUAUUUGAAGGACAGACAUCUGGGCUUUAAGGAGAUAAGUGAGCGUGUUUUCUUGCAAAGCCUUUUGUAUCAUAUGUUUAAUUUAUUCUUCAUUGUUGUCAGA